GGAAAAACGAGAGUAGGUGAAGUCGAAGUUGUAGAAAUUGUGCAAUUUUUCCAAUUAUAUGGUAUUUUUAAAUCACUGUUCAUCAUUCAUGGUUUGGUAGUUCAUUCGUAAAUACUUUAUUGGAAAAAAAAUGUUUUACGCAUCGAUUAUUUUAAUUUUAACCGGUACUGCUACAGUUUUAAGCGCAGAAAUUAAACAGUCUAAUUACACAAAUAAAUGCGAAAUUCCUGCCUCGGCACCGAGGAAGGUCGAAGAAUUUAUAAACCAAUGUCAAGAUGAAAUCAAAUUAGCCAUACUUUCAGAGGCACUAGAGAUUUUAAAUGUGAAUGAGAAUCAUCAUACUCGGGCUAAAAGGGCUGCUUUUAGCGACGACGAGAAAAGAAUUGCGGGGUGUUUACUACAAUGCGUUUAUAGGAAAAUGAAAGCUGUUAAUGAAAAUGGAUUCCCAACUACAGAUGGGCUUGUUGCCUUAUACACUAGUGGUAUUGAACAUAAAGAGUACGUCAGAGCUACCAUAACAUCUGUCAAUAUUUGUUUAAAAAUGGCCGAAAAGAAAUAUUUAGUUUCACCUAAUUCUUUAAAUGAACCUGGUAUAACGUGUGAUGUCGCUUACGAUGUUUUUGAUUGUGUUUCCGAGGAAAUUGGAAAAUACUGCGGACAGACACCGUAAAAAAUAUUUUAAACUAAAAUUAAAGAACUGUUUAUGUAAAUAUUUUUUCAAUAAAAAAUUAUUGUAUUAA